UGUUCUUGAAUUUACUUUUUCUUCAACAAAAUACUGAUCUAGAACAAAGAAGCGCAACAAAUCAUCACAACUUUAUUCCAUCAAAGUAUAUUUUACAAUCUUUAAAAGAUCCUUACACUUUUCAAAGGUGCUAUACAAGAUGGCUGGUGAUGAUAGUGGUCCAGAGGAACAACCUCAGCCUUUUAAUGCUACGAAGCUCGAAGCCGCAAAGAAACGCAAAAGAUCAAGUUCACCUACAAAAGGCGCAAAACGUGUUGCAAGAUCACCAUCUCCUUCUGAUGUCUACAAGAGUCGUAGAUCGCCUUCACCGGUUCGGAAGCAAAAACGUCCUGGCCAACGAGCAAGAAUUGGCGAUUCCGAGCGCGAAGCCAUUCGACAACAGCAAAUUGAACGUGAAAAGGAAGCGGCAGCUAUCGCAGCCGCUCAAGGAAUUCAUAAUGCAGUCAGGGAGCAUUAUAAUGCGGUCCCACAACGAGGCAGAGAAUGGCGCAAGACGGAUAGUAAGAUCAAGGGCUUGAGAAGCUUUAAUAACUGGGUCAAAAGCACGAUCAUUCAGAAAUUCUCACCAAAUGAAGAUUAUACCCCAGGAGCACAAGAACGUGGAUCGCGUGGGGAAUACCAAUUCGCGGAAGGACCAGAUCCGAGUCAAGAAAAAGGUUUGCUAGUUCUCGAUAUUGGCUGUGGUAAAGGUGGUGAUUUAGGAAAAUGGCAACAAGCACCACAAAAGGUGGAAUUAUAUGUUGGAUUGGAUCCAGCGGAUAUCUCGAUUGAUCAAGCUAAGGAACGAUAUCGCGAAAUGAAAAGCAGAGGUGGCGGACGAGGCGGUAGAGGCAGAGGAGGGUACACCAGACAACCAGCUCGAAUCUUUCACGGAGAAUUCUUCACUCAAGAUUGCUUUGGUGAAUCAAUCGAAAGGAUUCCGAUUAUUCGGGAUGUUGGUUUUGAUAGUUCGGGAGGACCGGGUCGAUUCGGUGGUGGUGGAUUUGACGUGGUCAGCAUGAUGUUUUGCUUACAUUACGCGUUCGAAAACGAGGCAAAGGCUAGAACCAUGUUGAAGAAUGUCUCGGGUGCAUUGAAGAAAGGUGGUAGGCUGAUUGGAUGUAUUCCCAAUUCACAUGUCAUAUCGGAUAAGAUUGAGAAAUUUCACAGUGGGGUUGCUGCAAAGGCAAAGGCCACAGAAAAUGGUGAUGGUGAGAAUGCCGAGGACAAGGACGAAGACAAUGCCGAGGAUGGUGAAAUUGAGGAAGGUGAAGCCGAAGAUACAGCUCACUGGGGUAAUGACGUUUAUCAGGUCCGGUUCCCAGGUAAAACACCUACUGACGGUGUUUUUAAGCCACCCUUUGGCUGGAAAUACAACUUUUUCCUUCACGAGGCGGUGGAAGAGGUUCCAGAAUAUGUCGUACCGUGGGAAGCUUUCCGUGCGAUUGCCGAAGAUUACAACCUUGAAUUACAAUAUCAAAAGCCUUUCAACCAGAUCUGGGAAACCGAAAAGGAUGAUGAUGUAUUAGGUCCUCUCAGUGAGCGUAUGAAUGUUAGGGAAAGAGGCCAUGGAAAGCUUCUCGUUAGUGAUGAGGAAAUGGAAGCAGCUAGCUUCUACGUGGGCUUUUGCUUCUAUAAGGUUUAAGCUGUCCACGAAGAUUUCAAAGAUUUUCGAAUUUUUAUCGUUAGAUGAUGCAGGUACUUCAAUCUGGAGUCUCAGCUUGAAUUGGACCUCCUUCAAAUCCAUAGCAUUGGGUUUCACAGGAGUUAUUUCAGUCGUCUGGUUUUGCAUCGUGGGCGUAGGUUUAGAAUGAAAGAAUCCUUCAUAUAUGGGAUUGGGUCGAAAAUAGAUAUCAUGCAAUGGGCUUGUCAAUGGUAGAUAAAUAUCCAAUGAGAUUCGCAGUCCUACAUUUAUUCCUGUGUACUUUCCCAGAUGUAUGGAAUAUUUAUAUUCGC